UUUCGUUUUUUCUGACGCUAGUUUUGUCGAUAACCUUCCAAAAUGCCACCUCGAGGACAAUGAGUGCUUAAGGGAUUUGUAUGAGACUGUGAUCAGAGAUAUUGGAAAACAUGGAAUACCGGACCUGAAUAUUCCACCAGUGGAUCCCAUUCGUUUAACCAAUGUAACUGUCUCUGUGCUUAAUGUGGUAAACAUCACAAUGAUUGAUGGAGUAGCCAAGGGCAUCAAAGACUGCCUCUUUGAAAAGUUCAGUAUCAACAUUACUUCAGAAAUUGGUCACCAAGAGAACACAUGUGAUCUGACCAUCAAAGGUCAUUAUAAAGUUGAUACGACAAGUUCGUUAGCAGAAAACCUUUUGGGGGGAUCGUCAGUGCAUGGCGAUGGAAAUGGAAAAUUGAAAAUUGACAAACUGCAUUUGAAAUUCGAUUUUCCUUUUUACGCCCGAAGGCGCGAUGACGGCGAGAUCUACAUAAAAUGCAUUUACGACCUCAUCAAGUACGACUACGAAAUCCAAGGAAAAGUCGCUUUCUUUGCUGAUAAUCUUUAUGUUGGAGAACAGGAAAUCAGCACUCCUAUAAUAGCGAUGCUGAACGAAAACUGGCGUUUCGUCAUGUCUGGUUUUGGUCAGCCAUUUGUCGACAAAGCCAUGGAGUUCUACUUCAGAUUCGCUGGUUACUUCUUCGAUAAUGUUCCUGCUAGAUAUUACAUCAUUGAUGACCUGUCGCCAUAUGCUAAACCCUGAUUCAGAAGUUUCUCGAGACCACGG